GUUAAUUUCUUUAUGCAUAUUUCCGCAUAAAAAUAAUGCUGCGUUUCGGCGCACCAUUCUCCGCUUCUCCUCUCCUCACGCGCCGACUCCUCCUCUCCCUCCCACCUCUCCUCCUCGUCUCCCCCGCGGCAAACCCUAGCCCUAACCCUAGCGUCUUCUCUUCCAUCUACGCGUCCAUGGCGUCCGUGGCGGCGACUCCGGUGGCGAAGAAGGUGAGGCACGAAAUGGAGAUGUUCGGUGACGUCCGCGUCGACGAUUACUACUGGCUCCGCGACGACUCGCGUAGUAACCCCGAUGUGCUCUCCCACCUCAAAGCCGAGAACGACUACACCACUCUCAUGAUGUCUGAUGUGAAAAAGUUUCAGGACCAAAUAUAUGCUGAGAUUAGAGGAAGGAUCAAGGAAGAUGAUAUUUCUGCACCUCUUCGUAGAGGAUCUUAUUACUAUUAUAAGAGAACAUUGAAAGGAAAGGAGUAUGUGCAGCAUUGCAGACGCAUUAUCUCAAGUCAAGCACCGCCUUCUGUUUUUGAUGAAAUGCCUUUGGGACCUGAAGCACCUGAAGAGCAUGUUAUAUUGGAUGAAAAUAUUAAGGCCCUGGGGCAUGACUAUUAUAGCAUUGGAGCUUUUAAGGUCAGCCCAAAUAAUAAGCUGGUGGCUUAUGCGGAAGACACGAAAGGCGAUGAGAUUUAUACUGUUUACAUAAUUGAUGCUGAAAAUGGUUGUCCUGUUGGGACACAUUUAACGGGAAUAACAUCAAGCGUUGAGUGGGCUGGCGAUGAGGCUUUAGUGUACAUUACGAUGGAUGAGAUUCUUCGGCCAGACAAGGUAUGGUUACACAAAAUAGGAUCUGAUCAAUCAAGUGAUAUUUGCCUCUAUCACGAAAAGGAUGACAUGUUUUCUCUUGAUCUCCAAGCUUCUGAAAGCAAGCAGUAUUUGUUUGUUGAAUCUGAAAGCAAAAAUACACGGUUCAUCUUCUACCUAAAUAUAUUAAAGCAAGAAAGUGGGCUUAUGACUUUGACAGCUCGUGUAGAUGGUGUUGACACAUCAGCUAGUCACCGUGGAAAUCAUUUCUUUAUAAAGAGGAGAAGUGAAGAGUUCUACAAUUCAGAAUUAGUUGCUUGUCCAUUGGACGAUGUAACUGCAACUACAGUUCUGCUUCCACACAGAGAAAGUGUGAAAAUACAGGAUUUUCAACUUUUCAGCGAUCACAUUGCUGUAUAUGAGCGUGAAAAUGGUCUACCAAAGGUAACUGUAUAUGGUCUUCCAGCUGUUGGGGAAACAAUUGGACAGCUCAAAGGUGGCAGAGUAGUUGAUUUUGUUGAUCCAGUAUAUUCGGUGGAUCCUGCUGAGUGUGAAUUUUCUUCAAGCAUUUUACGGUUUUAUUAUAGCUCAAUGAAGACCCCGCCUUCUGCAUAUGACUAUGACAUGAAUACAGGAGUAUCUGUUUUGAAGAAGAUUGAGACAGUGUUAGGUGGGUUUGACGCAUCAAAUUAUGUGACAGAAAGAAAAUGGGCAGUUGCUUCUGAUGGUACUCAGAUUCCUAUUUCAAUUCUUUACAGAAAGAAUCAAGUGAAGCUUGAUGGUUCUGAUCCCCUGUUACUUUAUGGUUACGGUUCAUAUGAGAUAUGUAUAGAUCCCAGUUUCAAGGCAACGAGAUUGUCUUUGGUGGACAGGGGCUUCAUAUUUGCCAUAGCACACAUUCGCGGAGGUGGGGAAAUGGGUAGGCGGUGGUACGAGAAUGGGAAGUUGUUGAAAAAGAAGAACACUUUCACUGAUUUCAUCACUUGUGCCGAGUAUUUAAUAGCAAAUAGAUAUUGCUCAAAGGAAAAGCUCAGCAUUAAUGGCAGGAGUGCUGGAGGCUUGCUAAUGGGGGCUGUUCUAAACAUGCGGCCUGAUUUGUUUAAGGCAGCUGUUGCAGGAGUACCUUUUGUUGAUGUGCUGACAACCAUGCUUGAUCCAACUAUCCCUCUGACGACGUCUGAAUGGGAGGAAUGGGGUGAUCCACGGAAGGAGGAAUUUUAUUACUAUAUGAAGUCAUACUCUCCAGUCGAUAAUAUAAAAGCACAAAAUUACCCUAACAUUCUUGUUACCGCUGGUUUAAAUGAUCCUCGUGUACUCUACUCUGAGCCUGCUAAGUUUGUCGCAAAGUUACGUGAGAUGAAGACUGAUGACAAUAGUCUGUUGUUUAAAUGCGAACUUGGCGCCGGGCACUUCUCUAAAUCCGGCAGAUUUGAGAAGCUAGAGGAGGAUGCUUUCACUUAUACUUUUAUCCUCAAGGCGCUGGAUAUGAUCCCACAAGCUUCAUUAUAGUUUGGCUAAGUUUGCCAAAUUCCUAAAGAUUAUAAAUUAUGCAUUGAUAUCGUCACAUAAUUCAUUUGAAGUGAAAUCUCCUGGUUUCUGAUAUUCUGAUAGAUGAAUGAAAUUUACGAACUUAGAGGUAAGGGCCAGAUAAGGGCCAGAUAAUAUUGUAUCUCAUAAUUUUCUUAUGUUCUUACCAUUGAAUCUCAUGCAAUUUAGCAGGGAGAUGAUUGUCUUGUGAUUCUUUAUUUUCUCAGGCUUUGUUUGGUACUUCUGUGGCUAAAACUACUUGCUUUCACACUUUUGGAUGACCUAGAAAAGUCCAAAAGCGUUUACCAUUGUUUUUUUUUUUGAGAAUAUUUACCAUUGUUUGUAUUGUAAUAUUAGAAUCCGUAUUAAGUUUGGAUUUGACCCUGUUCUUUAUUA